AAUUUUAUACAACAAUAAAAAGAUGCACUAAAACAUAGUGAUAUUAUUAUUUUAGCAUUUUUUCUAAAUGUGAUUGAUAGAAUUAUUAUCUUCUUAAAAGCUAAAACAUGCUAACAUUCACUCGGUGUAUACUGAACUCUCAUGCUUUUUGCCUUGGACAAACAAAAACUAGACGUCUAAAAAUUGUUACAAAACUAUCAACUGAUUUCUGUAUUAAACAUAUAUAAGAUAAACUAAACACUGUCGGGGGAAAAAAAUUAUGAACUUAGGGUUCUAUAUGUUUAGAAAAAAAUGUUGUUGUUAGCAUUAUUUUCCACUUAUUUCUUAUCAAUAGAAGCUGUCCCGAAUGAAUCAUUUCCUGCGCUAUUGGCUUUUGGAGAUUCAAUGGUCGAUACCGGUAACAACAAUUACCUCCUCACUCUAAUGAAAGGAAAUUACUGGCCAUAUGGGUGGAAUUUCGACAAAAAAAUACCGACAGGAAGAUUUGGAAACGGAAGAGUUUUCUCCGAUAUAGUUGCUGAAGGUUUGGGGAUCAAAAGAAUUGUACCAGCUUAUCGUAAGUUGUACAUUGCUCCAAACGACCUUAAAACUGGUGUUUCUUUUGCAUCAGGUGGUGCAGGAGUUGACCCUGUUACAUCCGAAAUGCUGAGAGUUUUAUCGCCGGCCGCCCAAGUAAAAGAUUUCAAAGGCUACAUAAGAAAGCUAAAAGGCAUAGUAGGCAAGAAAAAAGCAAAAGAAAUAGUUGCAAACUCAGUGAUUCUUGUUUCUGAAGGAAAUAAUGAUAUUGGAAUCACAUAUGCGAUUCAUGAUGCUGGUAUGCGAUUAAUGACUCCCAAUAUAUACACCAGUAAAUUAGUUGGUUGGAACAAAAAAUUUAUAAAAGAUUUAUAUGAUCAAGGAGCAAGAAAAUUUGCGGUGAUGGGAGUGAUACCAUUGGGAUGUUUGCCUAUGUCAAGACUCAUCUUUGGUAGGUUCUUCGUGUGGUGUAAUUUCUUGGCAAAUACAAUCUCGGAAGAUUACAACAAAAAAUUGAAAAGCGGAAUUAAAAGUUGGAGAGGAGAAUCAGAUUUUAGGGGUGCUAGGUUUGUCUAUGUCGACAUGUACAACUCUCUUAUGGAUGUUAUCAACAAUCAUAGGAAAUACGGAUUUACACAUGAGAAGAAUGGAUGUUGUUGUAUGCUUACGGCAAUAGUACCAUGCUCCAAUCCAGAUAAAUAUGUCUUCUAUGACUUUGCUCAUCCCUCCGAGAAAGCCUACAAAACAAUUGCUAAAAAGCUUGUCGAGGAUAUCAAGACAGGCCUUGCUUGAUUUCUUACAAUGAUUUAUUUUCAUCGUGAUAAUUACCAUCAUUAAUUAUAUAUAUGAGAAGAAAAUUCACACAUGACGAUCUAUUUCUGGUUUUCUUGUUAAAAAGAAUGUUUAGUCCAAUUUAUAUAAUCAGGAACAAAGGCGUUCAAAUGAAUACAUCAGACUAGUCACGCUUCUUCUCAUCUAAGCUAUUUCAAAUGAAAAUAGUGCAACUCGAUCGCAUCAUACUUCAGUUGUUAAGCUUAAGCCUCCGGUUUCAAUAGUUGGCGACAUCAUCCGACUAUGAGAGCGAAGCUUCUUGAAGCUCAACUAAUAUCUUCUAUAUCUUUUCUCAUUUAGAAGUUGUAUACUGUAAAUGUUUAAACAAUUCCUCUGUACAGAUUUAAUUUUCAU